AUGAGUGCAGGAGUGGCAAUGGUUUGUUGGUCGUUUUUCGCCGACCAACCGCUAAACCGGUACUAUUGUUGCUCACAAUGGAGACUUGGUUUAGAGAUAGAGAAUGAUGUGAAGAGAGAGAACGUUGAGAGAGUGGUGAGAGAGCUUAUGGAAGGAGAAAAGGGUAGAGAGGUGAAGAAGAAGGCAUUGUUUUGGAAGGAAAGAGCUGAGGUGGCUACUAGUGUUGGAGGCUCAUCAUUUCUAAAUUUGGAUAAGUUGAUUGGGGAAGGAAGUAGGGAACUGUUGUCCAUUGCCACAUUCUUAAGGACUAUGUUCAGUAGUUUCUUACAAAGUUUAAAGAAGGUAGGAUUGUGGAAAUAUAUUCUCUUUAAGACAAAGGUCAUUGGUAGUAAUCCUUGCAGCAAUAAUAAGAUUAAAUGCAAGUUUAGGAGGGCAAAGGUUGGUGUGCACAUUUUCUAUUAUGAAAAUCUGAAAUCACCGGAAAAAGCACUUAGAAUGGCAAAUGAUGCAUUUGAGGAUGCCAUGGCUGAGCUUGAUACACUUGAUACAUUGGGUGAGGAAAGCACCCACAUACUAGUAUCGCUUCACGACAAUAUGACCUAUGACCCUAUGGAAUGCCUAGGGUUCGUGAUCUUGUGA